GCCCCCUAAUUCUUCCUCUGCCACCUUCGCCGCCGCCAUCCAACUACCGACCUGGUUGGCAUAAUUGAUCACCUGCCGACCCAGCUCUCGCUGCUACACACUCCCGCACACAGAGCCACCUUGGUCUUCAUCCGCGCUAGACAUGCCCCCUCCGAAGUCACACAUCGCCGGAUCUGAAACCCGUCGCUCCGCCAAGGACUGUCUCUGUCACGCAAUCUCCCAACUCGCCGCGAGCGUGAUCAAAUCCAAUUCCCACCAGCGGGAUCCUGGCCUCCGGCACCUCUGUGGUCUCGUCCGCUGUAGCGUGGAUCACUCAAAUCCUUCGUCUGGAACUCAGACCAGCCGAACAGCAUCUGCCCCUUGAUAUCACCGACACAUUCGAUCGUCUGCAGUCUACAGUCUAGCCGGGACACCCGAGACCUUGCUAUGGAGCUUUUGGAACUUGUUGAGAACGAGCCUACGGCUCGCCCAUUCCAGUGUGAUUGGCAGUCGUGCACCAAGAGCUUCAAUCGCGGGUCUGACCUACAAAGGCAUUAUCGAAUUCACACCAAUGAGCGACCUUACUCUUGCUCUACCCCAGGCUGUGGGAAGAGCUUCAUUCAGCGAAGUGCCUUGACUGUCCAUAUCCGAACACACACCGGUGAGAAGCCUCACCAGUGCCAACAUAUUGGCUGCGGGAAACUCUUUUCGGACUCCUCCAGUCUCGCUCGUCACCGACGAAUCCACACUGAGAAGCGCCUUUACAAGUGUGGCCAUAACAGCUGCUUGAAGAGCUUCUGCCGAAAAACCACCAUGGCUAAGCACCAGCGGAGGUCGCACCAGCAAGGACUGAACCCCGAUAAUAUCCUGGACGAUUACUUAUCGGACUCCGACUCUGAUGAAUCUCCGUCUACUCCACAGACCUCUGCGAUGACCUGGUCUCCUCAAGACAUAAUUCCUGUCAACUCGAUGCCACAGGGCUCGUUACACCGCGCUAGUUCCUUUCCCGAAUUUGGACAGCAAAUGCACGCCUACCCCCUCGAGCAACAACAAUACGUUGGCCGGCACGCUAUCCCAUCCAGCGUGCCUCCCGAGUUCCACGCGCAAGCCGUCGCCAAACAGCAAGCCGGCAUGUAUAUGCACCAUCGACCAGCGAGCAUUCCUCGACCAGCAUAUUAUGUCACCGACAAGAGCAACCGGGGAAUCGCAAUAAUGAGCACCAACCCCAUUCAGCACCAAUAUCAGCUUGCCCAACAGCAGGUUGACAGAUCUUCCUUGGAAAUGUCGUACCCACCUUCAGGGAUCGCAACGUCUAUCCAAAGCAGCCCGAGCACCUUCUCUGCGGCCUCGGUACAGAGCCCCUUGAUGCAGGAUGGCUUUUACCCGCACCAACAGCAGCAGCCGCCGUCAUACACUCUUCAGGCUGCGUCGCCAGUGGAUUCCCACCAUAGCAUGCCCUCAUACACUCAAUCGAUACACCAGGCCAUGAACCAGGCUCAGCAGCCAGUUACUUCCCAGGCGCAGCAGAACCAAACCCCGACGACCGAAAACUACCAUCAACCAGCUGCUCAAUCUCAGGAAGAGCACUGGCCCCAGUACCAACCCCCUAUUGAGGUGACAACCAUUUGCCAGUUGCCUGCCUACGGCACUGGUGUCUACGACCUGUGCGGUCCGAAGAUCGAGUUUGACGAUCCCACGAUGCACCUGCCUAGCAGCAGGCUUGAGAGCCUAUAAUGCUUUGCAGCCCACUUUGCCACCUGUCAGCGCUACUGAUACCCACCAGGCCACCAUGCUUCUCCAGAAACGCGGAUAUGAGAUCUCUUUUGAUCUCAGAAGGGCUGCCUUCGCUCCCCAGGUCGCAAUCGCACGAUACGGCACCCGACUUACGCUUAGAUGGGACCCGCGAUUUUGGCUCGUAGUGCGUGCAGAUGGAGCGCCCGCGCCGCGUACUGAUCCACUCUGUUGCGGCUGCUGGACUUCAAGA